UUGUGCAGUUCACGCGCUCUGUUAUUGGCUAAAACCGAAACUUCGUAAACUCCUAAGUUGAUUCGCCAACAUAACAACUCCGGUUUCCAAAACAAAGCUACAACAUUCACAACGAACUUUGCGUGUCUCUUUAUAUUUUUCUCACCUCAACCCUUCUUCUUCACUUUAGUUUUCAUUUUUCAAUUAAUUGUUAUCUAAAUUUUGAGCAUUGGAAUCCGAAGAGUGUCAUGGAAGACCACAAAGACAAUGUAACAGUUUCCGACGCCUCACAAGUGAAAAUUGACGUGCAGCCAGAGCCGUUGGAGCCGAAUGUAGACAUCCACGCGCUGGGAACUAGUGGCGGCGCCACCGGUGUCAUAUGGCAGUGGAAGAAGAAAGAUGUGUUAAUGAGAGGCUCAUUAGGGCUAAGAGGAAUUGCUCUGUUUUUGUCUUUGAUUUCCUUAAUGCUGAUGGCUAGUAACAAGCAUGGUGAUUGGAAAGAAUUUGACAAGUACCAAGAAUACAGAUACUUGCUGGCUGUGGCAAUUCUAUCUAGUUUAUACAGUGGAGUUCAAGUGUUUCGCCAAGUUCAUGAACUUUCCACUGGGAAAAACAUGAUUCAGCCAACAACUGCUGGGUUGAUUGAUUUUGUUGGAGAUCAGGUUGUAGCAUAUCUCUUGCUGUCAUCAACAUCUUCAGCUAUUCCAAUAACAGAUAGAAUGAGGGAAACUUCUGACAGUAUAUUUACAGAUUCUUCAGCUGCAGCCAUUGCUUUUUCCUUUUUUGCCUUCUGGUGUCUAGCACUGUCAGCUGUCAUAUCAGGAUACAAACUGUCUACACGAACUUACACAUAAGCACCCUUAAUAGUUAAAACUUUCUCCUAUCACUGAAUAAAAGUAAAGAACUUUCUAUUGUGUAUAAGAAAUUUAGAAUUCCCCUUUUUUCCUUUUAAGUCUUUGCACAUGCUGCAAUGGUUAGUAAUUCCACGUUGACCAGAAGAAAGUUAAAUGUAAAAAGACCUAUAAACCUAUUGUUUAAGGUCGAAAGUAGUGUAAGCUUUCUUGUAUAAAUUUGCUCCUAAUGUGGAUUAUGUGUAUAUCAUUCUCUCUUUCUUUUUUAAGUCUUUGCACAUGUUGUAAUAAUAUCAGAUUUUAAUACAAUU